UUUAACUGUACAUCACGAUCCCGACAAUACAACGUUCCUCUUCACAUCCCACCAAAUCAAAAUGGCCUACUCAUUCCAACUGUCCGAGGAGUCGAAGGAGAGAGUCGGAAAGCUCAUUGAUGUGUCCCGCGUGGUCAUUCACUACGGCUUCCUCCCCUUGGUUGUCUACAUCGGAUACACUCAGAGCCAGCCUCGCCCAUCUCUGAUUAGACUCUUCUCCCCACUCGCAUAAACGAACGGCGGCAGAUGAAUGGAUGGAUGGAUUACGGGGAUAGGACGUCUCUAAUGAAGCGGGUUGUACGAUUGUUCAGGCAUCAGAGGCGUUUUGAUAUCUAGUCAAUGGCUAUCGAAGGGGUGGGAAGCGGUGGAUAUGAGGUCUUUCAUGGGAAAGUUGUAUUGUAAAAUCCGAAAAUACGGAAUCACCACUUGUGCCUAACCUGUAUUUGGCACUUCCAAUGCCAUUAUAUUCCAAAAUUAAACCAAACAUAUCUCCAC